CAAGAGUGUGGCAUGUCAAGAGCGGCAAAACUGUCCUGAUAAUCAAUACCCGGCACCAGUGGGUGGGGAGCGUGAUGUACUCGCCCAACUCGAAAAGAAUUGCAACAGGUGGAUACGACGACACUGGUGUAAAAAUCUGGAAUAGCAAGACGGGCAAGUUGAUAUUCACAGUCCCACACACUUGGCCAGUUUACUGCUUGGCAUGGACAUCGGAUGGAAAGAAAAUUAUAUCUGCGUCAUAUGACCUGAUCAUAAUAUUCGACACCGCCACUUCGCAGCAGAUUGCCGCACUCCGUGGUCACAAACACUUGAUCCGCUUCAUCACAUUGUCUCCAGAUAACCGUCUCCUCGCGAGUGCAUCAUGGGAUAGAACAGUACGUUUGUGGAAUCUCGACACGAACGUUUCACUCGGACCACCCAUCCAGCAUGAUAGUUUUGUGGAGUGCGCAGCUUUUUCUGCCGACGGAAAGCUGCUAGUCACUGGGUGCGAGGACAGCAACGCGUACGUGCGUGAUAUUCAAGACAUCCUCAAAGAAGCUGAAGACUCACUAUCCGAUACUAAUGAUGGACUCGUACUGGAGGCGUCAUCCAAUGACGCCCCGGGAACGGAGCACACACCCCACCCCUCGCAGGACAUAGACGACAGGUCAUUUUUGGACGUUGAUGCUACCCGGGGUGUCGAUGAACUCCCACCAGCAUUUUUCGACGGCAUGCAAUCCGACAUUCAUGAUGGCGCCCAACCUCAUUCCUCUUCCAGUGCAUUCAGCCGCCUUUCCUCGUUCCUUCACCGUUUUCUACCUGACAGUGAUGAUGCGAUUAAACCUCCGCAACCACCAAGACCUUCAGGGUUACAUCUACGCGUGAUCAUCGUUCGCCUGUCCUCACUCAUCCACCGUUCUCCCAACCCCCCCACGCCCUCUGAGUCACGUCCCCAUGCGCUCCUUGGUCGUCUGUCCUCACUUUUACCUCACUCUUGGCUCAACACCGACCCAGCAACUGAACCUCCACAACCCACAACGCCUUCUGGUUCACGUUCGGAUAUACACAUCGGCCGCCUAUCCUCACUCUUCCGCUCUCCGCCUGCUACCAAUGAACAAAUCGAACCACCAGUAUGCCCAAGGCAAACCAUUUCCUCUCGUCGUAGUCCUCAUGUUGUCGAAGCAUUAUAUGUUGCUCCGCGACCGGAACGAGAUCGUUCCCGCGCCCGGCUUGCUGGAACUUCUGCAACAACCGUGCAGUCACCACCUCUCUCAUUAUGGACUCAUCUCGUGCUUUUUCUCUGUUGUGCAUCUCAACAGGCGGACCAAACGCAGCAGCAACUGCAUGAUCAAGUCCGAGCCCAGGCGUCAUCGCAUCCUCAGCCUCCUGCCACUUCGACGUCCACGACACGGACGCCUACUGCACUUGAUACGAGUACUAACGCGCCAGGUGUCGCAAAUGCACAGUCACGACGUGUUCCAUUACGGGCUCGUUUCGUACUUUUUCUUUGCUGUGUAUCUCCUACACAUGAUGAUGGCCAUCGAUAGUAAUGCCCGGUAUAUAUACAGCUAUUA